AUGUCAGAACUACGUCAGCGCCCGAUAGCCACGGCGAAAUCCAGCAAUGAGCCCGACACACCGCAACCGCGACGGCAAUCCAGCGCCAGCGAUGAAGACCACGGCAUCAGCCUGUUGGACAUAAUCCGCGUGGUUACAGCUCUAUUAAUUGGGUCCUUCGGAUUAUCCUAUUACAUGACCGACUCUGAGUCCGUGAUAUGGGGCUACAGACCAUGGUAUACACGGUGGCCAGUAGUGAAGCAGUGGGUGCAAGGCCCGGUAAUCCUCACACCCGCCCAACUCUCUCUCUACAACGGCACCGACGCCACCAUCCCCCUCUACGUGGCUGUGAACGGAACAGUCUUUGAUGUCUCAGCAAACAGAAUGAUCUACGGACCGGGCGGGGGCUACAACUUUUUCGCGGGGCGGGACGCCACGCGGGCUUUUGUGACAGGGUGCUUUAAAGAGGAUCUUACGGCUGACAUGCGCGGUGUUGAGACGAUGUUUAUGCCGAUCGAAGAUGUGGCUGAUGAGACUGUGACACCAGCACAGAGAAAAAUCCGACGGGAGAAGGAGUUGCGUGAGGCCAAGGCGAAGGUUGAGGCGACGGUCAGGCGGUGGGUUGGCUUUUUCCGAAACCACAAGACGUAUUUCGAAGCGGGGAAAGUGGUUGGAGGCGAGAUCACGGGAGAGCCAUGGCCUCUUUGUGAAAGUGCGCAGAAACAGAGACCGAAGAGGAGUUUGAUGGAGUAG